AAGCAAUUGACGCUCCAUCCAAGCUGAAUCGUUCGGUCGGUGACUUCGAAGCGUAUAGUGUUCAAAAUAGCAGUACAACGAGUUAAUCCAUAAUUCUACGAUUAUUUUUACCGCGGCAGCUACGAAAAUUUCUGUGAUUGUAUUGAAUUGAGAAUACAUAUGUAAAUAAACAUAAGCUGUGAAUCUGAUACGACAUAAUAUCUGUGCCGAUCGGGAGAGUGUUGUCUGGCAUUUGAGUCGACGGGAGUGAGUGUCUGUCAAAAAAGUCAAUAAUUUUUUCGUUGAAUCUUUCAGAAUGGGGUUCAUGUGAUUUUAAAGGAAGCGUUUCUUCGCAAAUAAAGUGAAUGUUUUUGGCUAGAAAGUUUACGGUGGAAUAGUGCAAGUGCUGGAGAUUUGUUAGUUAAUCGACCUGUGAGUGGUUUUCGUGGGUAACGCUUCAGUGAGUUUGUGAUCUUUGGCCUGCCUGCCUGCUGCUGUGGCUAGAGCUUAGACUUUCUCCUAGCGCCGUGUUGUGUUCAGAUAUCGCAAGAAAAGGAGAGGUAUCAUUCAACAGUAUUUUGUGGUUUACAGCCGAGGACGGGAACUAUGACACUGCACUCGUGGUUACGGCGACGAGAAAGUGGCUUCCCGGCCAGGUUCGGAGAUGCUGACUCGGUGCACCGAGCGAUCUAUUGCUCACUGGAGCCGAAGAAAAGCUGGAACGAUCAGCGGAAUGCUUGUAACACCUGCGAGUACGGCGGAGCCUACAAUCUGGAGUUUUCGCCGGAUGGCUCAAUUCUGGUGGCUGCCUGCGAAAAGAAGACUAUCGUUCUGUUUGAUCCGAUCACGGAAAAGCAAAUGUGCACCAUCAAGAACGCCCACAAUGACAGCGUCAAUUGUGUCAAAUUUCUGGACAAUCGAAUGUUCGCUACCUGCUCGGAUGACACCACGGUUGCUCUGUGGGACACCCGAAAUCUCAAGUCGAAAAUUCGCAGCCUGCACGGCCACUCGAACUGGGUGAAAAACAUCGAGUACUCCAAAAAGGACUGCCUGCUAGUGACGUCCGGAUUCGACGGGUCCAUUUUCACCUGGGACAUCAACAGUUACACCGAGCACGGUUUCGUCUACCAGAAGGUGUUUCACACACCGGGGCUAAUGCGUUGCCGGCUGACACCGGACGAGAACAGGUUGGUGAUAUGCACCACCGGCGGUUAUCUGAUCAUAAUUCGCAAUCUCAAUCUGGCCUCGCUUGCGAAAGAUCUUAGAGGUUUCCGGCCUAAUCUGUACCGACUGAUGCAAUUGCGCCAUCAGUUCAUCCCGAACGCAGCCCGGUACGAUCACGCAUUUUCGAAGAAACAAAAAUACAACCGAGUCGAACUGGUUAGUGACUUCCCGGAAGGAAACGACGCGGAAGUGAUCAGUUCCCUCCAGAUUCACCCUCAAGGCUGGUGUGCGCUUAGCAGAAACAUGAGCUACGAUGAAAGUUCUGAGUGGAGCUGCGUGCACGAUAUUCAGGAAAUCUCUCUGGAGGAAGAAAUGGACAGUGACUGUGACAACGAAUCCUCGGGAGCAACCGGCAGCGGCGAUGAGCCGAGUCAAAAUCAAGAUGCAUCAACAGCUGGUGAAGGAGGAGGAGGAGCAGUUAGUACGGCGGCAGCACGCGCUGCGGCGGCUGCUGCCCUGGUGAACGCAGCUGUUGGUGAACCGGUGGAACCGAACAAUGCGAACGGUAACCGGAUAAGCGCCAACAACAACAACAACAAUAACCAAGGGAAUAUAGACUUUCCCACGCCUAAUUCUGACAUAUGGGCAGCAGAGGUUUCACUACGCAAUAGGAACCUCCGCGUGGAGAAUACCCGUUCAUUGAAUAUGGCUAAUGUGUACGGGAUUACGAGCGGCUUGAUUCCGCUGUCACCGUUGGAGCAUCAGCUAAAAUUCCAACAAACCAUCACGGUUAACGUGAAUCGAAUGUUGUACUACAUUGAAGAGCCAAACAACGGGAAAGGAUUCAUUAAGGAAGCGUGUUUUUCGUUCGAUGGGCGCGUCAUUUGUUCGCCCCACGGCAACGGCAUUCGUUUGCUGGCGUUUGAUGCACAGUGUAACGAACUGCCAUUCAUUACCGGUCGGGAAGAGCCCGUCCCGAAGCCACUGUACGAAAUCAAAACCAAGCACUGCCACUCGGAUGUAGUGGUCAGCAGUAAGUUUAGUCCGAAGUUCCCGCUGCUGGUAUCUGGCUGCCUGCGGGGUAAGAUAGUAUGGCAUCAACCAGUGCUGUAAUAAUGUUCUCAAUGUUCAAUGCAACUUGUUACGACGGAUUUUGAUGUGAAUGGGAUCGAAUGAAUGAAGCUUUGUUUGCGAAACACUAUCGUGACUGUUAUAAUAAACCAUCCCUCGAGGUACUUACUUUUACGCACCGGUAGGUACUAUGUUAUUUUGAAAGGUCUGCCAGCCAAGCAAAAUUAGCGUGUGACUUAAAAUGUAAGCAUGACCGAGGUAAACUCCUCUCCCCUCUUUAUUGAUUGCAUUUAAGGACCUCUCAUUUAUCACAUGUAUUAGGUUUAGAGCACAGGAUGAUUCGUUGCAUCGAUGCAACUCUGGCCGUAAAAUAUAGGCGUUUGUGGGUAGUGUUGAUUGAUGAUCAGUAUCAUUUGCAAAUACAAAUUGUGGCGAUAAGUUAAAUGGAAGA